GUUAUGUACAAAAGUAUAACUUUAUAACUAGUGCAUAAAAAACUCCACAGACUUUUACUGGAAAACAGCUUUGCACUAAUAGUGGAAAAGACCAACAACUAACAAUAUAGCAAUGAACGAGAGCUUUACUCAGCAUGCUUGAACGUUGAGGAGAGACCAGAACAUUUCCAUGUGAAGCCAGAAUGAAACUUGAUGUAGACCCUUAAUUUACAUGCAAAGCACAUGAAAGCUGAUCACAAAAGCAUGGGGCGGGUUGUUUCUCUCAUUUACGUGUUGUCGGUUGACCGUCAAACCAUCAUAAUCACUCGCCAUCAAGGCAAUCGCAACACAUCAAAGCAAGAAGAGCCUAAGCAAUACUUCAACUGAGGUCAGUCCAGCUAUUUCACUUUCAUUUAUUAAUGUCCAUGAUAUAGUGAUGUGCUUAUUCAUGCCUCCUGGAUUGAUCGCCCUCCAGGAUGGCUAAGGAAUGGACACUUCUGGUGUUCUGUGGCAUUCUAGAGUCGGGAUUGAGCGAGAAUCCAUCGUGGUUCAAGAACAUCUCAACCGAUCUUUUUAAAUCACCUGGAGAUAUUCUGAUAGGAGGACUUUUCCCCAUUAAUGAACUGACCAGUGAUCUGAGCAAACGGGUGAAGCCUGACGAUCUUGAGUGCAACAGAAUUAGCACAUUUGGUUUGUCCCUCGCACUGGCGAUGAAGUUCUCUUUGGACGAGAUCAACUCCAGAGACAAUCUCCUCCCUGGAAUCACGCUGGGAUUUGAGAGUUACGACACCUGCAUGCAACCAGCCGUUGUCAUGAGGCCCGUCCUCCAGCUUCUCACAAAAGAAACAACAGAAGAACUGGAUGUCACCUGUAACUACACCGACUACAAGACUCGUGUUAUAGCCAUCAUAGGACCAAACAGCUCCGAUUUGGUCCCAGUUAUUGGCAAGCUGAUUGGAUUUUUCUUGAUGCCACUGAUUAGCUACGGUGCCACCAGCGACAUGUUCAGCGACAAAGAGACCUUCCCGUCCUUCAUGCGCACAGUCCCUACUGAUCGCUGGCAGGUAACAGCCAUGGUGCAGCUUCUGAAAUUGUUCGGCUGGAACUGGGUGUCAGUAGUAGGUAGCGACGAUGAAUACGGACAGAAGGGUCAGCAGCAGUUCUCCAGCAUGGCCAAUGAAGAGUCCAUCUGUGUGGCAUAUCAGGGUUUGAUUCCUGUAUACAGCGAUCCUGGUCAAGCGGUGAAAGAGAUUCUCGAUCGCAUUGUGGACGCCAAAGUGGGAGUGGUGGUGGUCUUCUCUCUCCCCAAGCCGGCCAGAGACUUCUUCACAGAGGUAAUCAAACGAAACAUGACAGGCGUUUGGGUGGCAAGCACAGCAUGGGCAAUAAACGAUAUUGUAUCCACCCUGCCUGGGAUCAAUUCAAUAGGAACAGUGUUAGCAUUUGCAGACGUCACCAGACCCCUUGACCUCUUCACUCCUUAUAUCCGUGAGCUCUUCACCAAAAUUGGAGAGAUGGAAAUCCCCCAGCAGCCAGAUACAGAAAUCUCUCCUCUGGACAACCCUUGCACAAGAUGCAGCUACCUAAGCCAAGCCAACGUGAGCAUGGUAGAGCUCAAACUCGUGCAGCGGUCAGCUUUCAACGUGUAUACUGCCAUCUACUGUGUGGCAUAUGCACUGCAUGACUUGCUGGGAUGCAAUGCCACCCACUGUGAUCUGAAUCCCAAGACUGAUGAUGUUUAUCCAUGGCAGCUGUUACAGAGUCUCCAAAAAGUUUCUGUAGAUCUCGAUGGGGUCAAUUUAAAGUUUGAUCAAGAGGGUAAUCCAAGCUUUGGCUACGAUGUUAUGCAAUGGAACUUUAAUGACACCACUGUGCGCUUCUACGUAAUUGGAUACUUUUUUCAGAACCUCACGCUUAAUAAAAACAACAUAACAUGGCACACAAAAAACAGAAAGGUGCCUAUGUCCACUUGCUCCUCGGACUGUGGGAUAGGACAGGUGCGCAGAGUUAAAGGUUUCCACUCUUGCUGUUUCGACUGCAUUGACUGCAAGGAGGGAACGUUCCUGAACAACUCAGAUGAUAUCCAGUGUAAAUCAUGUCCUAUUGGCCAGUGGUCCACCCCACGAAGCACAAGCUGUAUCUAUCCCAUCUAUUUGUACCUGGACUGGAGCAACUUUGAGUCAAUCGGACUCAUUCUUGGAGGAAUUUUGGUGCUGGUUUCAAUUGUAUGGGUAGGAGCUCUAUUCUUCAUGCACAGAGGAACUCCACUGGUGAAAACCGCAGGUGGACCCCUGACUGGCCUUAUGCUACUGAGCCUAGCGGGAGAAUGUAUAAGCCUGGUGCUGUUCCUGGGUCAGCCAGGAGAUGUUGUGUGCCGUCUGCAGGAGCCACUCAAUGCCUUUUUUCCCACCGUGGCCCUUUCAGUCAUUCUUACCAUUUCCCUUCAGAUUGUGUGCAUCACAGAAUUCCCUGAAAAGUCUUCUGAGCAGCUGGAGAACAUACGAGGACGGGGAAGCUUGUUUGUGGUUCUGGGAUGUUGCGGGCUCCAGGCGGGACUGUGUGGUUGGUACGCCCAAGAAGCUCCCUCUCUGACCCACUACGUCGCCAGCUUGGAGGUGACAUAUGUGAAAACCUUUUUGCGUUGUCCAGUGGAGCCCAUGUUAAACUUCGGCUUGAUGCUUGGUUUUAAUGUUAUACUGGCACUGGUGUCAUUCAUGGCCACCUUCAUGGCUCUCAAGCCGCCUGGACAAUACAACCUGGCCAGAGACAUCACCAUCUCCACCUUGAGUUACUGUGUACUGUGGGUGAUGUUCAUCCCCAUCUACACAAGUCUAGGUGAUAAAGAGAAGUCUAUUGCUCAAGUAGGAGUCAGUUUACUUAGUAUUAUGGGGUUGGUAGCGACCUAUUUUUUCCCUAAAUGCCGCUUGUUAGUCAAACACCCAGAACUUAACACAGAUGAUCACUUCCGUACAUUUUUAGAAGGGGUCCCACCAACACCACCUGAAGAAAGCUAGAAACAACUGCUAAAUUAUCAUUUUUUAAAAAAAAAUUAUUGUUAUAAAGUUAUUUAAAAUAA